CCUGUGCACGAUGGUUUCCCGCUUUUAACCCCCCGGGAAUCUGAACGGUUCUCUCUCUCCCUCUCUUUCUCAUGGCCGUCGAAAGGAAACCAGAAGGCCAAGAAAGGAAACCGGAAGGCCAGGCGCUAAUUAGUGGCGCUGUAGGCAUAGCUUUGCUUCUCCAUCUUCGCCGCCGCCUAUAUAUACUUGCUACAUGCGUAUGCAGUGUCCCUGGCUCAAUCAUAUUCCCGGCUUAGCUGCCGACGAGAACUCGAGAGGGUGCAAGCCACUGUAGCUAGAGAGAGGUGUGUAGUGGAUACGGAGUGGAAGACGCGCGAUCGGUGGUGCCAUGAGGGACGAGGAGGACGAGGUUGUGCCGGCGACGGUGGUGAUCCGGGAGUACGACCCCAAGACGGACCGCGACGGCACGGACGCCGUCGACCGGGACUGCGAGGUCGGCCCGGGCGGCGGGAUGUCGCUGCACGCCGACCUGCUCGGCGACCCCGAAGCCCGCAUCCGCCGCUCGCCGCGCUACAUCAUGCUGGUAGCUGAGACGUCCGGCCGGAUCGUCGGCCUCAUCCGCGGCACCGUCAAGUCCGUCGCCACCGGCGAGAGCCGCCCCGGCGCGCCCGCCUUCGCCAACGUCGGGUACAUUCUCGGCCUCCGCGUCGCGCCUUCCCACAGGCGGAUGGGCAUCGCGCUGCUGCUGGUGCGGCAGCUGGAGCGGUGGUUCGAGCUCAUGGGCGCCGAGUACGCGUACAUGGCGACCGACAGGUCCAACGAGGCGUCGCUGCGGCUCUUCACGGCCCGCUGCGGCUACUCCAAGUUCCGGACGCCGUCGCUCCUCGUGCACCCCGUGCACUCGCACCGCCUCAGGGCGCCGCGCCGCGCCACGGUCGUCCGGCUCGGCGCCCGCGACGCCGAGCGGCUCUACCGCAGCCGGUUCGCGCACGUCGAGUUCUUCCCUGCCGACAUCGGCGACGUGCUGGACAACGCGCUCUCCCGGGGCACGUUCCUGGCGAUCGUCGACAAGGGAGGCUACGAGUGGCGCGGCGUGGACCGCUUCCUGUCCUCGCCGCCGGCGUCGUGGGCGGUGGCGAGCGCAUGGGACUGCGGCGGCGUGUUCCGGCUCGAGGUCCGCGGCGCCUCGCGCCUGCGCCGCGCCGCCGCGGCCGCCACCCGCGCGCUGGACCGCGUGGUCAAGUGGCUGCGCGUCCCGUCCGUGCCGGACUUCUUCCGCCCCUUCGCCGGGUGGUUCGUGUACGGCCUCGGCGGCGACGGCCGCGACGCCGCGGUGGCCGCGGAGGCCCUGUUCGCGUCGAUCGUCAACAUGGCGCGCGGCGCCGCGGCCGCCGUGGCCGUGGAGGUGGCAGCCCUGGACCCGCUCCGCAGCCGCAUCCCGCACUGGCGCUGCCUCUCCUGCGCCGAGGACCUCUGGUGCAUGAAGCGGCUCGGCGGCCACGCGGACGGAUGGGAUUGGGCCAGGUCGGCCCCUGGCCGCUCCAUCUUCGUGGACCCCCGGGAGGUCUGAGAGUGACUCGGCCGUCGGCUUGCAAGCAGAGCUUCGUGCUCUGUUUUUUUUGUGCCACUGGACUUCAGUUUUGAUCUCUUUUUUCUUCCUUGACAUUUUGCGACCUCUUGUCCAUAAGUCUUAGUUUUGGACGGCCAGAUUUCGUCCGGUGACUACCUUUUUGUGGAAUCAGGAAGUACGGCAAUGGAAUGCAUCAAACACAUACACUUGUCUCA